CCUUGCCCCGGCACUUGUGGUCAAAACGCAGAAUGCUCUGUUGUCAACCACAUACCGAUGUGCACUUGUUUGCCAGGAUACAGUGGCAAUGCUUUCGUUUUAUGUAACAGAGUUCAACCACUUGCUGUGGUAAACCCAUGUCAUCCAUCUCCAUGCGGUCCAAACAGUCAAUGUAGAGAAGUCAACGGUCAAGCAGUUUGUUCCUGCGUAGUAGGGUAUUUAGGCAGUCCUCCGAAUUGCAGACCAGAAUGUGUUACUAGUGCAGAAUGUGCUUUGGAUAGAGCUUGUGUCAACCAGAAAUGUAUAGAUCCUUGUCCAGGAACUUGUGGGUUCAGCGCCAAAUGUCAAGUGGUGAACCACAAUCCGAUUUGCAGCUGCCCGCCGAGGUUCACUGGUGAUCCGUUUACCAGAUGUUAUCCAAUACCGUUGGAAGAACCUCCAAAAAUAAACCCAUGCAACCCCUCCCCAUGUGGCGCCAAUGCACAAUGCAAGGAAAUCAACGGAUCGCCCUCAUGCUCCUGCUUGCCAGAAUUCAUCGGAUCUCCUCCAAACUGCCGACCAGAAUGCGUCAGUAACAGCGAAUGUCCAAGCCAUUUAGCUUGCAUCAACCAAAAAUGCAAAGAUCCAUGUCCAGGAGUGUGUGGUCAGAAUGCUGAAUGCAAGGUUGUCAGCCAUACGCCAAACUGUGUUUGUGUGCUGAACUAUGUUGGAAAUCCUUUCGUUCAGUGCCAACCACCACCAACACCAGUAAUCGAUGAACUGAUAUCUCCAUGUGUGCCAUCUCCAUGUGGUGCAAACGCCGUUUGCAAAGAACAAAAUCGAGCAGGCUCAUGUACCUGCCUACCAGAUUUCAUAGGCAAUCCAUACGAAGGCUGCAGACCUGAAUGUACUCUGAACUCAGAUUGUCCUUCGAAUAAGGCUUGCAUUAGGAACAAAUGCAUGGAUCCUUGUCCAGGAACUUGUGGCCAAAACGCAGAGUGUCACGUGAUUAACCAUCUGCCAUCUUGCUCAUGCUUGGUGGGUUACACCGGAGAUCCAUUCAGAUAUUGUCAAGUUGAGCCGCCGCAACCUGUAAAAGUUGAGCCGCAGAACCCCUGUCAACCAAGCCCAUGUGGACCAAACAGUCAAUGUCGCGAAGUGAAUAGCCAAGCAGUUUGUUCUUGUCUGCCAUCAUACAUUGGUAGUCCACCGCAAUGUAGACCAGAAUGUACAGUCAGCGCAGAGUGUGCUCAGAACAAGGCUUGUGUCAGUCAGAAAUGCGUUGAUCCUUGUCCAGGAUCUUGUGGCUUGAACGCAGACUGUCAAGUUGUGAACCAUAGUCCUAUUUGUAGCUGUAGGUCUAGCUACACUGGGGAUCCUUUCUCGAGAUGCUACAAUAUACCACCACCACCACCAAUCAAAGAGGUCCAGGUGUACAAAAAUCCAUGCGUACCAUCACCAUGUGGCCCAAACAGCGAAUGCAAAGACAUUGGAGGAUCACCUUCAUGCUCCUGUAUACCAAACUAUCUUGGAGCUCCACCAACCUGUCGACCAGAAUGCUCCAUUAACUCAGAGUGCCCCAGCAACUUGGCUUGUAUCAAUCAGAAGUGUACAGAUCCAUGCCCUGGAUCUUGCGGUACCAAUGCUGUAUGCAAUGUCAUCAACCACACGCCAACAUGUUCAUGUAUAGAAUCCUAUAUCGGAGAUCCAUUCACUUUCUGCCAACCAAAACCACCGGAACGUGUACCAGAGGUCAAGGAUCCUUGUAACCCAUCACCAUGUGGAUCAAAUGCUCAAUGCAACGAUGGGGUAUGCACGUGUCUGCCAGAGUACCAUGGAGAUCCAUACAGAGGAUGUAGGCCAGAAUGUAUUCUCAAUAACGAGUGUCCACGUGAUAAGGCGUGCAUCAGAAACAAGUGCGAAGAUCCAUGUCCAGGCACUUGUGGACAUAACGCCGAAUGUUCUGUGAUAAAUCAUGUUCCUACUUGUAGUUGUAUUCAAGGGUAUCAAGGCAACGCUUUUGUAGCAUGCACAAAAAUACCAGCUCCUGUGAUUAUCCACCCGUGUAGUCCAUCUCCCUGUGGACCAAACAGUCAAUGUAGAGAAAUAAAUGGACAAGCAGUUUGCUCUUGCAUCCCAGGUUUUAUUGGUAGUCCACCAACAUGUAGACCAGAGUGUGUUUCUAGUCCAGAGUGUCCAUUGAAUCAAGCUUGUAUCAAUCAGAAAUGUAUCGACCCAUGCCCUGGAACUUGUGGAAUAAAUGCUAAAUGUCAAGUGGUUAAUCACAAUCCAAUCUGUAGUUGUCCAUCGAAAUAUACUGGAGAUCCAUUCAUCAGAUGUACAAUAGUAUUGGAAGAACCGGUGGUGACAGAACCCUGUCAACCAUCCCCAUGUGGACCUCACGCGCAAUGCAAAGCCAUCAACGACUCGCCAUCCUGUUCUUGCCUGCCAGAAUUCACUGGCUCUCCACCAAACUGCAAACCGGAAUGCGUCAGUAAUAGCGAAUGUCCAAGCCACUUGGCUUGCAUCAACCAGAAAUGCAAAGACCCGUGCCCGGGCACUUGCGGUCAAAACACGGAAUGCCGGGUCAUAAGUCAUACGCCGAACUGCGUCUGUCUGCAGGGAUACUUCGGAGAUCCGUUCUCCAGGUGUUUGUUAGCGCUGCCUCCCCCCGCAGAGACCGUAUCCCCUUGCACGCCCUCACCGUGCGGUGCAAAUGCAGUGUGUAAGGAGCAGAAUAACGCAGGCUCUUGCACAUGCUUACCGGACUAUACUGGCAACCCUUACGAAGGAUGUCGACCCGAAUGUACUUUGAACUCCGAUUGUCCAUCGAACAAGGCUUGCGUGAAUCGGAAAUGUGUGGAUCCUUGUCCAGGAACUUGCGGUCCGAAUGCGGAAUGCCAAGUUGUGAAUCAUUUACCGUCUUGUACUUGUUUGCCAGGAUUCAGUGGAGAUCCGUUCAGAUUCUGUUCGGCUGUGCUGAGAGAGCCUACACCAGAACCAAAGAAUCCUUGCCAACCAAGCCCAUGUGGACCAAAUAGUCAAUGCAAGGAAGUCAAUGGGCAAGCAGUAUGUUCUUGUUUACCAAAUUAUAUUGGCAGCCCGCCAGGAUGUAGACCUGAAUGUACGGUCAGCUCAGAAUGUGCUCUAGUCCAAGCUUGUGUGAACUUGAAAUGUGUCGACCCAUGUCCUGGAAGUUGUGGGCUCAACGCUAAGUGCGAAGUGAUAAAUCAUAGCCCAAUAUGUAGUUGCUCACCAGGCCAUACUGGAGAUCCUUUCACCAGAUGCUAUCCUACACCACCACCACCUCCACCAUCUCUACCAGAGCCUGUUAGAGAUCCGUGCAUACCUUCACCAUGUGGCCCAAACUCAGAAUGUAGAAAUACUGGAGGCACACCGUCUUGCUCUUGCUUGCCGAAAUAUUUGGGACAACCACCAAACUGCAGACCUGAAUGUACCAUCCAUUCUGAAUGUCCUAGUAACUUAGCUUGCAUCAACCAAAAAUGCGUAGACCCAUGUCCAGGAUCUUGUGGAGUAUUAGCAACAUGCAGUGUUACCAACCAUAUACCAAUUUGUACUUGUCCAGAUGGAUAUACCGGUGACCCGUUCACGCAAUGUGUGCUCAAACCAAUAGUUGUGGAGCCUCAAGAAACUGAUCCUUGCAAUCCUUCUCCAUGUGGACCAAAUGCUCAGUGUGACGAUGGAGUGUGCACAUGUCUAGCAGAAUACCAUGGAGAUCCAUACCAAGGUUGCAGACCAGAAUGUGUCUUGAACCAAGACUGCUCUAGAGACCGAACGUGUAUCAGAAACAAGUGCACAGAUCCAUGUCCUGGUACAUGCGGACAAAACGCUGAAUGUGCUGUGAUCAACCACAUACCAACAUGCAGUUGCAUCUCAGGCUACACAGGCAACGCGUUUGUGAUUUGUAACCCGAUACCAAAGGAAAUACCAAAGAAUCGUUGCAACCCAUCACCAUGUGGACCAAAUAGUCAAUGUAGAGAAAUCAAUGGACAAGCGGUUUGCUCCUGUGUGCCAGGUUUUAUUGGAAGUCCACCUACUUGUAGACCGGAAUGCGUUUCUAGUUCAGAAUGUCCGUUGAAUCAAGCUUGCGUCAAUCAGAAGUGUAUUGAUCCUUGUCCUGGAACUUGUGGUAUCAAUGCUUUAUGCCAAGUUAUCAACCAUAAUCCAAUAUGCAGUUGCAAACAGAGGUAUACCGGAGAUCCUUUCAUAAGAUGUACAGUAAUAGUUGAACCAACAGCGGUGGUUCCAGCAAACCCAUGCGUUCCAUCACCAUGUGGGCCAAAUUCACAAUGCAAGGCAGUUGGUGACUCACCAUCAUGUUCUUGCUUGCCAGAAUUCAUUGGAUCGCCACCAAACUGCAAGCCUGAGUGUAUCAGUAACAGCGAAUGUGCAAGCCAUUUGGCUUGUAUCAAUCAGAAAUGCAAAGAUCCAUGUCCUGGCACAUGCGGACAAAAUGCUGAAUGCAGAGUUGUCAGUCAUACGCCAAAUUGUGUAUGUUUGCAAGGUUACGUUGGAGAUCCGUUUUCGUUCUGUAGUUUACCCACUCCAGUCCCAGUGGAAAGACCCACACCUUGUCUUCCAUCGCCAUGUGGAGCAAAUGCCGAAUGUAAAGAACGCAACGGUGCAGGCGCUUGUACUUGUCUUCCAGAUUACAUUGGUAACCCUUACGAAGGAUGUAGACCUGAAUGUACUUUGAAUUCCGAUUGUCCCUCUGACAAGGCUUGUAUCAACAACAAAUGUAAAGAUCCUUGUCCUGGAACCUGUGGUCAAAACGCAAUGUGCCAAGUUGUGAAUCAUCUGCCAUCUUGUACUUGUGUGACAGGAUAUACUGGAGAUCCUUUCAGAUACUGCAAUGUGAUUCCACCACGUAAAGAAGAACCACCAAAGAACCCAUGCAAUCCUAGCCCUUGUGGACCAAACAGUCAAUGUCGUGAAGUAAACGGACAAGCAGUUUGUUCUUGUCUUCCAGACUACAUCGGAAGCCCGCCUGGCUGCAGACCUGAAUGUACAGUCAGUUCAGAAUGCCCACAUGAUAAGGCUUGCAUCAACCAGAAAUGCUCUGACCCAUGCCCAGGAACUUGCGGACUUAACGCCAAUUGUCAAGUAGUGAACCAUAGUCCGAUAUGUAGCUGCCAAUCAGGAUUUACUGGUGAUCCGUUCACUAGAUGUUACGCUAUACCUCCACCACCUAUAGAGCCUGUCAGAGUACCAACAAAUCCUUGCGUACCGUCACCAUGUGGACCCAACAGUCAGUGCAGGGACAUUGGCGGAUCACCAUCUUGUUCUUGUCUGCCAGAUUACCAAGGAAGUCCACCUAAUUGUAGACCAGAGUGUACGAUCAACUCAGAAUGUGCAAGUAACUUGGCUUGUAUCAACCAAAAAUGUAAAGACCCGUGUCCAGGAUCUUGUGGAGCUAACGCCAGGUGCAAUGUUAUCAACCACACUCCCACAUGUUCAUGUAUAGAAGGUUACACCGGAGAUCCAUUCACGUUUUGUCAACAGAAACCACCAGAACGUAUUCCUGUGGUAGAAGAUCCAUGUAACCCAUCACCAUGUGGACCAAAUGCUAGAUGUGAUAAUGGAAUAUGUUCUUGUCUACCAGAAUACCAAGGAGAUCCUUAUAGAGAAUGCAGACCUGAGUGUGUCUUGAAUAACGACUGUCCCAAGGACAAGGCUUGUGUGAGGAACAAAUGCAUAGAUCCUUGUCCAGGAACUUGUGGUCAAAACGCAGAAUGCUCAGUGGUCAACCAUAUACCAAUUUGCACUUGUAUGCAGGGCUAUGUUGGAAAUGCUUUCGUACUUUGUACACCCAUACCAGCUGAAGCUCCGAAGAACCCCUGCAGCCCGUCACCAUGUGGACCAAACAGUCAAUGUAGAGAGGUAAAUGGACAAGCAGUCUGCUCUUGCGUACCAGGCUUCAUUGGCAGUCCUCCAGCUUGUAGACCUGAAUGUGUGUCUAGCUCUGAAUGUCCGCUCAACAAAGCAUGUGUCAAUCAGAAAUGUAUAGAUCCUUGUCCUGGUACUUGUGGACUGAAUGCAAAUUGUCAAGUUGUGAAUCAUAACCCUAUUUGCUCAUGUCCACCUGGACAAUCCGGAGAUCCAUUUACAAGAUGUUUGCCAAUACGAGAAGAGCCAAAACCAGUACCUCAAAACCCAUGUCAACCAAGCCCAUGUGGUCCCAACUCCCAAUGUAGAGUGGUAGGAGACGCCCCGUCAUGUUCUUGCCUCCCGGAAUUCAUCGGGUCACCUCCAAGCUGUAGACCAGAAUGUGUGAGCAACUCCGAAUGCCCUACGAACUUAGCUUGCAUCAACCAGAAAUGCACAGACCCAUGUCCAGGUUCAUGCGGUUUGAACGCUGAAUGCAGAGUGGUCAGUCACACUCCGAAUUGCGUCUGUUCGGCAGGAUUUGUAGGCAAUCCCUUCAUUCAAUGUGAACCAAAGAAAGAAGUAGUUGUUGCUGAAAGACCCACACCUUGCGUGCCAUCUCCUUGUGGGGCCAAUGCGGACUGUAGAGAACACAACGGUGCAGGAGCUUGUAGUUGCAUACGAGAUUACAUCGGAAAUCCUUACGAGGGAUGUAGACCUGAAUGUACGUUGAACUCGGAUUGUCCAUCCAACAAGGCGUGUAUCAAUAACAAGUGUAAAGACCCUUGUCCUGGAACCUGUGGACAGAACGCUGAAUGCCAAGUCAUCAACCAUCUGCCUUCCUGUGUUUGUAUACCAGGGUAUACAGGAGAUCCAUUCAGGUUCUGCCACGUACCACCUCAGCAAGAACCACCAACACCAUCAAAUCCUUGCCAACCAAGCCCAUGUGGUCCAAACAGCCAAUGUAGGGAAGUGAAUGGUCAAGCAGUGUGUUCAUGUCUACCAAAUUACAUCGGAAGUCCUCCAGGAUGUAGGCCAGAAUGUACUGUGAGCUCCGAAUGUGCACAAGACAAAGCUUGUAUCAACCAGAAAUGCACAGAUCCUUGCCCAGGAACUUGUGGAUUGAAUGCAAACUGCCAAGUGAUCAAUCAUAGUCCCAGUUGUAGCUGUAAGGCACUGUUUACGGGUGAUCCGUUCACCAGAUGCUACCCGAUACCACCUCCUCCUCAAGAACCACCAAAGGUCGUCAAUCCUUGUGUUCCAUCUCCUUGUGGCCCUAACAGUCAAUGUCGCGACGUGGGAGGCACGCCAUCUUGCUCUUGCUUGCCUAACUACAUCGGAAGUCCACCGAACUGUAGACCAGAAUGUACUAUCAACGCAGAAUGUUCAAGUAACUUGGCUUGCAUUAGAGAAAAGUGCGUGGACCCAUGUCCAGGAUCAUGUGGAGCAGAUGCGAUCUGUAGAGUGUUGAACCACAUACCAACUUGCACUUGUCCAGAAGGAUACAUUGGAGAUCCGUUCAGAUACUGCCACAUCAAACCUCAGGAAAUAGAGCCAGUUGAGACUGAUAAAUGCAACCCGAGCCCUUGUGGAGCAAAUGCUCAAUGUCAGGAUGGAGUAUGUACGUGCCUACCAGAAUACCAAGGAGAUCCGUACAGAGGUUGCAGACCAGAAUGCGUCUUGAACAGUGAUUGUGCAAGGAAUUUGGCGUGUAUAAAUAACAAAUGUAAAGAUCCAUGUCCUGGGACAUGUGGACAGAACGCUCAAUGUGAUGUGAUUAACCAUAUUCCUACGUGUACAUGCAACGAAGGGUACCAAGGAAAUGCAUUUGUCAUCUGUUCUCCAAUACCAGCUGAAGUUCCAACGAAUCCAUGCAGCCCAUCACCAUGUGGACCAAACAGUCAAUGUAGAGAGAUAAAUGGGCAAGCAGUUUGCUCAUGCGUACUAGGUUUCAUUGGCAGUCCACCCGCUUGUCGACCUGAAUGUGUGACCAGUACCGAAUGUCCACUGAAUCAAGCGUGUGUCAAUCAGAAAUGUAUAGACCCAUGUCCUGGAACCUGUGGAUUAAGAGCAAAAUGCCAAGUGGUCAAUCAUAAUCCCAUUUGUAGUUGUCCACCAAAGUAUUCUGGAGAUCCGUUUACAAGAUGCAUUCCUAUAGAAGAGAAACCAGAACCAACACCUCCACGUCCUUGCGAGCCUUCACCAUGUGGUCCAAACUCCCAAUGCAAGGACAUCAAUGGUUCCCCAUCAUGCUCUUGUCUACCAGAAUUCGUCGGUUCUCCACCAAAUUGCAAACCAGAAUGCGUCAGUAAUAGCGAAUGUCAAAUACAUCUUGCCUGCAUCAACCAGAAGUGCAAAGAUCCAUGUCCUGGAGUUUGCGGUCAAAACGCUGAAUGCCGAGUGGUCAGCCACACACCCAACUGCGUUUGCCUGCCAGGUUUUGUUGGUGAUCCAUUCAUCACUUGUCGAGUACCAACGCCAAUCAAGCAAGAGGCCUCGCAUCCCUGCAUUCCAUCACCAUGUGGUGCCAAUGCUAUUUGCAAGGAAUUAAAUGGAGCAGGAUCGUGUACUUGUCUACCAGAAUAUAUUGGAAACCCCUACGAAGGCUGUAGGCCAGAAUGUACCUUGAAUUCAGACUGUCCUUCCGAUAAGGCUUGUAUAAGGAACAAAUGCGUGAAUCCGUGUCCAGGUACUUGUGGACAAAAUGCAGAAUGCCAAGUCAUCAACCAUUUGCCUUCGUGUACUUGUAUACCAGGAUAUACCGGAGAUCCGUUCAGGUUCUGCAACCUACAACAACCUGUGAAAGUUGAGGAGCCUAAAAAUCCCUGUCAACCAAGUCCUUGCGGACCAAACAGUCAAUGUCGUGAAGUGAAUGGUCAAGCAGUGUGUUCAUGUCUACCAAAUUACAUCGGUAGUCCACCAGGAUGUAGGCCAGAAUGUACCGUGAGCUCCGAAUGUGCCCAAGACAAAGCUUGUAUCAACCAGAAAUGCGCAGAUCCUUGUCCAGGAACUUGUGGGCUAGAUGCAAAUUGCCAAGUGAUAAAUCAUAGUCCGAUUUGUAGCUGUAAGGCACAAUUCACAGGAGAUCCGUUCACCAGAUGCUUCCCUACACCUCCACCUCCAAAAGAACCAGUGAAGAUCCAGAACCCAUGCGUACCAUCUCCAUGCGGUCCAAACUCGAUAUGUCAAGACGUGAACGGAGCACCAUCUUGUUCUUGCGUGGCAAACUACAUUGGAACACCUCCAAACUGUAGACCUGAAUGUACGAUCAAUUCUGAUUGUCCCAGCAACUUGGCUUGCAUCAAUCAGAAAUGCAAAGAUCCGUGUCCUGGAUCAUGUGGUUCCAACGCCCAAUGCAGUGUCAUCAACCAUACACCAAUAUGUUCUUGUAUUGAAGGCUACACCGGGGAUCCUUUCAGUUAUUGUAAGAUCAAGCCCAUCGAGGUCAAACCGAUAGAAACAGACCCUUGUAACCCGUCACCAUGUGGUGCCAAUGCCAAAUGCAGCAAUGGCGUAUGCACUUGUCUACCGGAAUACCAAGGAAACCCAUACGAAGGUUGCAGGCCUGAAUGUGUCUUGAACAGCGAUUGUGCGAGGAAUCUGGCAUGUAUAAACAAUAAAUGUAAAGACCCAUGUCCUGGCACAUGUGGACAGAACGCUCAAUGUGCUGUGAUCAACCAUAUUCCUACUUGCACGUGCAAUGAGGGAUAUCAAGGGAAUGCAUUUGUCUUCUGCUCUCCAAUACCAGCUGAAGCUCCAAAGAACCCCUGCAGCCCAUCACCAUGUGGACCAAACAGUCAAUGUAGAGAGAUAAACGGGCAAGCAGUGUGCUCUUGCGUACCAGGUUUCAUAGGCAGUCCACCUACUUGUCGACCUGAAUGUGUGACCAGCACUGAAUGUCCACUGAACCAAGCGUGUGUCAAUCAAAAAUGCAUAGACCCAUGCCCCGGCACGUGUGGAAUCAGCGCUAGAUGCCAAGUAGUCAAUCACAAUCCAAUCUGUAGUUGCCCGGAUAGAUACACUGGAGAUCCAUUCUUGAGAUGUAUUCCUGUGGUUCAAGAGCCUGCUCCGGUACCAACCAAUCCUUGUCAACCAUCACCUUGUGGACCAAACUCUCAGUGCAAGGAAGUGAAUGGUUCACCUUCAUGCUCAUGCUUACCAGAGUUCCUUGGAUCACCUCCAAACUGUAAACCUGAAUGUAUCAGCAACAGCGAAUGUCCAAGCCAUUUGGCUUGCAUCAACCAGAAAUGCAAAGACCCGUGUCCAGGAGUUUGUGGUCAGAACGCUGAAUGUAGAGUGGUGGCCCAUACACCGAACUGUAUCUGCUUGCAAGGCUUUUCUGGCAACCCCUUCCAACAGUGUUUAGAAAUACAAGCGCCUAGGCCUGCAGAGCAAAUAGAUCCAUGCUUCCCGUCACCUUGUGGCGCUAACGCAAUUUGUAAAGAAAGAAACAACGCGGGAUCUUGCGUGUGCAUACCAGAGUACAUAGGAAAUCCUUACGAAGGAUGUAGGCCAGAAUGUGUAUUGAACUCUGAUUGUCCGUCGAACAAGGCUUGUAUCAAUAACAAGUGCAAAGAUCCUUGCCCAGGAACUUGUGGACAGUUUGCUGAGUGUCAGGUGAUCAACCAUCUGCCAAGUUGUACAUGCGUACCUGGAUAUACUGGGGAUCCAUUCGUAUUCUGCAAUGCUAUCCAGAUCAAAGAACCAACUCCUGUUCAACCAUGCAACCCAAGUCCCUGUGGACCAAACAGUCAAUGUCGUGAAGUGAACAACCAAGCAGUAUGCUCCUGCCUGCCGAAUUAUAUUGGAUCACCGCCAGGUUGUCGACCAGAAUGUACUGUCAGUUCUGAAUGCUCUCAAGAAAAAGCUUGCAUCAACCAAAAAUGCGUUGAUCCUUGUCCGGGAACAUGUGGAUUGAACGCCAAAUGUCAAAUGAUAAAUCAUAGCCCUAUAUGCAGUUGCUCUAUAGGAAACACGGGUGAUCCGUUCACUAGAUGCUACAACAUACCACCACCUCCAAAAGAACAACCGACACCAGUAGUAACAGAUCCUUGCGUUCCAAGUCCUUGUGGAGCAAACAGUCAGUGCAGAAAUAUAGGAAACAACCCGUCAUGUUCAUGUCUACCGAACUAUAUAGGCAACCCGCCUAACUGUAAGCCAGAAUGUACAAUCAACUCAGAAUGCCCAAGCAACUUGGCUUGUAUCAAUGAAAAUGCAAGGACCCUUGUCCUGGAUCUUGCGGUAUUGGAGCAGUAUGCGAAGUACGGAAUCACAAUCCAAACUGUGCUUGUCCUCCUGGUUAUAGUGGCGAUGCUUUCGUCACUUGCAUUUAUGUACCUCCACAACUACCAGCACCAAAAGACCCUUGCCAUCCAAACCCAUGUGGUCCAAACGCAAGGUGCAAUGAUGGUACAUGUACUUGUCUGCCAGAAUACCAAGGAGAUCCAUACAGAGAAUGUCGACCAGAAUGUGUAUUGAACAGUGACUGUCCUAGAGAUAAAGCAUGUAUAAACAGAAAAUGCAAAGAUCCAUGCCCUGGAAUUUGUGGACAAAACGCUGAAUGUACCGUGUUCAACCACGUACCUUCAUGCAAUUGCUUACAGGAAUAUUCAGGAAAUCCAUUUGUACUUUGCUCGAAAGUUGAAG